AUUCGUAAGUCGUGCAGAAAGCUAUGAAACAUUGCAUCUUUUACUUUACAUUGGUACAGCUAUUUAAGUUGUUAUUCAUUAUAGCAGUUUUAUCUCUUCAACGAUGUACCUACAUACGUUCAUAUGCCACUGUCGAAGAUGUGAUCUCUGACCGUCAAAUAGACGGUUGGAGGUCAUUAUCCCUUAUCUUGCCUGUCUGGUCAAUAUUAUCGACCCUGACAAUAGUGCAAGAGGUUCCGUGGUUGAUUCACGAUUGUUCCCAUAGAAACGUACCGCGUGAUCGAAUCGCGACCGCGCGUUCCUUUCGCAUUUAACAUAAGCCACACGUGUGUGUACUUGUCAGGUGAACCUUGUACAGUCUUGCAGGCCUACCGCAGUCUCAAAUAUUGACACGACCUGUGAUGAACUCGGGCAAUGUCUUUUGACAUCUAAGGGUUUCAAAUUCGCGCCGGAAGUCGUCGCGCACCGAAACAUUGGAUGGUUCAUCGCCCGGAGAUCGAAAACGGCUAAAUAGGUAAAACUGCCGUGCGUUAGCAUUAAAUAAGGACUGAUUGAUGUAGGUUCUGUUUUAUUUUUUCCCUACGUAUUUGACCGUACCCUCAUUACCGAACGUGCAAAUUUCAUUUCGCGCGAAACGUGUCGCGCGCCAACAAUGAUCGGGAGAACGUCAUUAGUGGAACAAAAAAGGAUCCAAUGGGCGAGAGAGAGAGGUAGGUCUCGAAAUUCCAAUCAUACGAAUGAUCCUAUACUCGAUAAUCUUGAAAAAAAAUGUAGCAUCCUUGAAAUUUGCUCGGAAUGAUCGUAGAUAUUGAAAAAUAUGAAAACUGAAGUUGCAAUAAUAUAUUUGAUACAAAAAUAGCAUAUCGCGUGCUGUGUACCGUAUCGGAAUCGUAGUAAAUUUAGAUGGAAAUGUAAAUUAUAUCAAAUCAUAUGAAAUCUUAAUACAAGUAGCCGGUAGAGAAUACAAAAUAAUGUACAUUUAUAUACAAACUGAAUUAAAUAUCAGAGAGAUAUUAGCAUGAAAAUAUGAUUAUAUUGCGCGGCAAAUUAAUACUUUAUACGGAUACUGUAGAAGAAAUGGCACGUCUUGGCGGAAGUUGGGGUCUUCUGAAAAAUAACAUCAACAUCCGCACCAAUAUCCGGUAAGUAUCGAAUACCAAAAAUACAAUAAAUGGAAAAGUCACGAUAAAUUUUGUUGUUUUAAAAUUUUCAUUCAAAAACACCAAGGCUAUUUAAUAAAUAUAUUUUUUAAUUGAAUUUAUUCUAAGUACAGAGUAAGUCGUGUAAGAAACUAUUAAGAAGAUGAUAUUUAAGUAAUCAAAUAGACAUUACGUAUAAUUAUUUUUCAAUUGCUCGUGUUUUCGUAUAUAGCUUAAAAUAAUAUUUAGACACUGGAGGAGUAGAUCAAGGAUAUUUCAUUAGUUAAACGGAUUAUCCUGUAAUCAGAAACUUUCAUAAUUAUACAAUCAGAUGUUACCAAAGCUAAAUCAGUUUCAGCUGGAUUUCUGGUUUUUGCAACAUUGAAAGUUUAAAUAAAGAUAUUAUUGUAUCCAAGAGAUUGGCAAUCCGAGUGACGAGUUAACUCGUCUUUCUAGGUUAAUACGUUAAUAUAGUAAGCAUUAUGAACUUAAAUUCUAUAUAAAAGCUUCAGAAUUUUGUUAAAUUAUUCAAAAACUCAUCAACAAUCGAAUAAGGUCAAGGUACUCGUACCUAAUUCAUUAGAUUAGCGAUAUUAAAUAAACGUGUUCAAUGUUAGCCAGACAGGCUCGCAUCGAUCCGAUUGUAAAUCAAGGUGUUUCUAUUACUAUUGUACGAUGUAUUAAUAAAACGUGUAACGCAGCACCUAUCCGAAUGGCGCAAGAAUGUCCUUGACGGUAACGAAAGACAAGCAAUCGCCCUCGAAACCUUUUCGUGCUACUGGACAUUACGGAAGUACCGUCAGCCUGAAGAGUCUGGUGACAGAGAGUUCCGGAAACGGCGGCACGAGCGUAAAAUGUCUGGAUUGCAAUGGUGGUAGCUUGAUAAAUCUGCACGAGCAGUCGGAAGUUUCGCAGAUUAGACACAGAAGUCCGAGCUUGCCACCGAUUUAUAACAAGGAUCAGCAACAAUAUCAUUGUCAGGGCCAACAACGAGACUUCGCUACAGAAGGCUUACACUACCAUUCCGAGAAACGUCGACUUUACGAUCGUUACGAGAAUUCAAGAAACAAUCAUUACGGUUCGCAAGGUGAAGAACGCGAAGGGGAAACUUCCGGUUAUGCCAGCGACUCUGUAGACGUACCCGUGUCAGCGAAAGGAACGCUGUUGCCCAGUUGCAAACCACUAGGAGCGGACAUGACCGAAAAGACGUGGCAGAAUCCUUAUCACACAACACCUGAAAAUUCAUUACCACCAUCGAGGAGAUUAUCUGAUGGUAGAAUAGGCGAACUUAACAGGCCAAGAUGGGGCAGUGUCUGGGGUCAGGAGACUACACGAGGAGAUCCACCACCACCGUCUUGGUUGUCAAGAUUGGGACAUUCGAGCCAAGUUUUGGUUAUUAAUCACGAGAGUGCGAGUAGUUCAGACAGCUCAACGGUGGGCUCGAUCGGAUCCGAUAACAAGACUUAUCUUCGUGGUCAAAAUAUUCCUGUUGAUGCACAAAUUCUUCAAGAACGAGAAGUAAGAAGACAAAAAGCUCUAGAACUUCAGAGCGCGAUUAAAAAACAACUUGAAGAAAAGGAUCGACAAAGGAAAGAAGAGAAGGAGCGACGUCUGAGGGAGGAACGAUUAGAGGAAGAACGAAUUAAACGAGAAAGGGAAAAAGAGAAGGAAAGAUUUGAGGAAGAACAAAGAAAAUUAAAAGACCGAGAAGCGGCUAAAUUAAGACAAGCCGAGGCGAUGCGUGAAGUGUUAGAAGCAGCAGAGCGUUUAGCAAAGGAACAAAAGAAAUUUCGGCGAAAGUGCGAAAAAAAUAGCGAAGAGAAUCCCAUUGCAUCUCUUAAAAACUGUGAAUCCAAUAUUUCGAAUGAAAACCAGGUCGGUCAAAAUUGCGCGAGUGCAGGAAGUCAACAGAAUCUACCUUCUAAUAAUGACGAUGUUGAAAACAAAACUGUCGAGAAAGAAACAUCAAAUACAGGAGAAUAUAAUAAUGUUGAUAACAAUAGUAACAAAACACACAAUGACAAUACCGAUGACAAUAAUACGAUGAACAAAUCAGAACAAAAUAUGGAUGACAUAAAACCAGUCCAAGUUCCUGUUAGCAAAGACGUAGCCAUUGUGCUAAGUGGUCGACUCGAAGAUUCGGAAUUACUCAGCAAGGCAAAUCUACAAUUAGUCAACUUGGUGUUGACUCCAACACCAAGAAGAUUAGAAAAUAAUUCGAACAGUAAUUUAUCUGUAGGCUUGAAUACCUUCAUACAGAAUAUAGGCAGUUCGAACUUUACCCCAAAUUCCUCCAGGAUAUCAUCGAUGAUCGUAGAGAAUAGAUUACUCACGCCAAGCAAAUACAGAGCUAUAAAUGGCCGAGAUUUCGGUACGCAAACAGAUAUAGAGAAAAAUGUUCAGGAUUUUCCGGAGAAAGUGCAGGACUUGACCACUAAGGAUACUUCUAUGAAGGACCGCAAGGAUGCAACGAAUGCUAUUAAGAGGGACAUUGAAAAGUCUGCUAACGUUGGAUUGGCGGAAGACAUUAUCGUAAAAACUUUUCGUCGGUCGAAACCUCAACCUAGAAGAGCUAUCGAAUCUAGACCACAGUGGAAUGCUAAUAGACCUGGAACUCGAUAUCGCACGCAAAGCGAAAAAGAUCCUCAUUAUCAACGACGAUUGCGAUUGAGGAGACGUCAAGUUGAAUCCAGCGAUGAACGUUCUAGAUCGCCAUCUCCUGACAGAAGAAAGUUUAUGAAUAUUAAAUCGAAAAUUCGAACAUUAAAUAGAUCAAAAUUAAAAGUUGACAACUAUGACGCAGAUCUCUCGAUGGAUAGUUUGAACUCUAUCAUACCAUUGAGAACUGACAAGAAUGGGAGAAUCACUAUCGAAGAGAAUAGGAACGAGCAAAGUGAUAAAACUCGAUUGAACAAUGUUCAUAUUAAUAAUACUGACAAUAAAGGAUCACGAAAUGACAAUUCUAAUAUUUGGUGCGGACAAGAAAUUCUAUCUAAAUUAUCUACCUUGAAAAACGGUCUUUUAAUGAAACAGAUCGAAUGGGAUUCCGAGAGAUGCCUAAUCUCUCCCGUUGCAUCAGAGAUCUUUUAACAAAAACCAAACAAUCGCGUUUUUGUUCACAUUUUCGUUUCUUUCGUUUUAUAUUUGUA